AAAUGGGAAGGCCAAAGAAGACUGGGAAACUGUCGAAAGUGAGCAAAUCCGCAAUAAAGGUGAGGACGAUGGUACCGAAGCAGUUCAGACAGACGACUUUACCGAUCGCCAAACAGAUCAAGACUAAAAUAGGCAGAAACGAGGAGUUGGGCAACCGGAAGCUGCACGUCGUUAACGAGAGUAACAGCACGGCCAACACAUCUACUGAUUUAGUCAACACCGUACAGCCUACGACCGUCAAUGCUCGUGAAUGUAGGAUUAUGUUGCAGAGACUAACAAAAGAACAAAUUGAGCUGUAUAAAAAUCAGAAACAGCCCGAUCAGUCGCCAANAAAAUGGCACAUAAAAAUACCAAAAUCAGUAUUAGACGAAAGUCAGAAGGAAAUCGAAGACGCAAGCCUGGACCCAGUUAUAGACUCAAGUGAUACUGUCUGA